UCGGAUUUUUAGUAUUUUUUACUGUUGAAUUUUAAAAUAGACUUUUAAGGGUUUUAUUCAAGAUCUGUUUGGCAGAACUUGCGGUUAAUUGGUGGGUUUCUGUUAUCCUUAGCGAGCUUCGUCGCAGUGGGACACGAAACUGUUGCGGUAGUUGUUUGCAAUCCUCCGAAUACGCGUCCGUAGACGUUCCUUCUUUGUCUUCCUGCGCAAGAACCUGAGUGCCUCGCAGCAUAUCGUCUGACGCAGCUCACGCGUUGAGUUCCCUGUACUGUUCCGUGAUUGUUUGGUGAGCGGACAGGGUUGUCGUACCAUCCAGCUGUGUUUUUUGCAGCAACCAGCCUCGCGCACAUUCAUCAGCAACGCAAAAUGUCCGCCGCCAACGGGAAUUCCUCGUUGAUAUCCAAUAAUUCGUCGUCGGAUGAAUUUAUCCAGCUCAAAGCCGUCGAUCAGGAGAAUAAUUCCGUCACCUUGAAAGUGAAAAAAGUCGUCCUCUUCCGGCGCAUCAUCGACGGCUACGCCCGGAAAAAAGGACUCGAACCCGCCAAUAUCCGCUUCACCGUGGACGGGACCCGUGUUCGCGAUGAUGAUACUCCGACCAAGCUUGGUUUGGAAGAUGGCGACAUUAUCGAUGUUUAUACCUACCAACAAGGCGGCGGAUCCUGAAGACCCAUUUUGAACGGGAAGGUCAUGGGUUUUUAGAAUGUUAAUUGCCGCGGGGAAUCCUUUGUACAGAUUUAUCUUAGUCCCGAUCGCGGUGUUUUUUCGUUGGAAAAAUGUGAUGCUCAUUGCCAGUAAUUUGUACCACAGAAUUUACAGAUUGAGGAAGUGUAACCAGGAAUUAUUUGUGGUUGCUCAAUUUUUAAUGCGCGCGCGUUUCUGAAUUUUCCGUUUGGCAAUGGAGAAUGUGAUGUUGUUGCCUUUUGAAUAAGUUGUUAUCGGCAUUG